CCUGCUACUGUUUCCUACUCCCGAGUGAGGCUGCGCGCUGGAUGCCGAAUGGCUGAGACGCCUACUCUGUUCAUUCUAGCGACUGCGGACGGAUCGACUCGACCCCAGGCAAAAUCAUAUCGCCGUCUUGCUGUCAUCGGAGUCCUACAGCGCCAUGGUUUCCUGGAUCAUCUCUAGGCUAGUGGUGCUAAUAUUUGGCACUCUUUAUCCUGCCUAUUACUCUUACAAAGCUGUAAAAUCAAAGGAUAUUAAAGAAUAUGUGAAAUGGAUGAUGUACUGGAUCAUAUUUGCACUCUUCACAACAGCAGAGACAUUCACAGACAUUUUUCUUUGCUGGUUCCCAUUUUAUUAUGAACUCAAAAUAGCCUUUGUAGCUUGGUUAUUGUCUCCAUACACAAAGGGCUCCAGUCUUCUAUAUAGGAAAUUUGUACACCCAACUUUGUCUUCAAAAGAAAAGGAAAUAGAUGAUUGCUUAGUCCAAGCAAAAGGUCGCAGCUAUGAUGCCCUGAUGCAUUUUGGGAAACGGGGGCUAAAUGUUGCAGCCACAGCUGCUGUAAUGGCAGCUUCCAAGAUCACCCAGCUUCUUCAUUUUCUCAUGCAUUUGGAUCUGAAAGACGGGCAGGGUCAAGGAGCACUGUCAGAGAGGCUCCGGAGUUUUAGCAUGCAAGACCUAACCACAAUUAGAGGAGAGACCAGCAGCACUGCAAUUCCACCUUCUCAUGCCCCAUCAGUUUCUGCACGAGCAAGUAGCAAGCAGAGUCAGCCGAAAACUUCCAAAAUUGCAUCAGACAGUAUUGGACAUUCAGAAUAUACAUGUUGUUCAGUUUGUCAUAUUGUGCAAGAUAUUAAAUUAGUGGUUCAACUAGAUGGUGAGACAAAGAAUGAAAGGCCACUCGAAGCAAACUCUAAACCAACUGACAUUGUAUUGUCAGAGGAUGAAGGGAAUGCCUCAUUGGAUAGCACAUCCAAGCCUAAAAGUUUUCCCCCAAAGGACCCAAUCAUUGAGGCACCGCCUAGGAGUCUUAGACCUCGUUUCAGGAAAAAAUGUACCUCUUCUUCUACCACUGAAACCAUGAGCGUGUGAUGAACCAUCCAGCACCAAGAUCCACAGAAUGCCUCUCUUCUGCCUUAAACGAUCUAUAUUAUUGUAUGUGAGGGGGGGGAGGGGAACAGUGGUGAGAGGGAUGUGUUUGUGAUAUUGUAGCAUUUUAGAAAUGAACUUUCUUGCUGUCUUUUUCUUAUGCUGCCAUUUGUGUUGCAUUAUAGUUUUCACUGGCAGAAGCAAUGUUUCUUGCUCCCCCUUCAAUUUCUUUGCAGAAUAGCCAUUCCCCCCCCCCCCCCCACAGCUACAGUAAUGGGGUUCAUUAUUUGUAACCAUUUAAGUUACACAAUUUUAGCUCUGUUAAUGAACUUAGAAAAUGAAUUCUGUAUCUGUUUUUACAUCAUAUUUAUUUGGAGGCUUAAUAAGUGUAAUGUGGACCAAUAGGGGCCACAGAUUUUUUAGACUGUGAAUUAUGUAUUAAGAUUGUUUUGACUGUACAAGUAGUGAAAAUGUAAAAACAAAUCUAAAUAUGUUACUAUUU